AUGAACCACUCCGAUGAAGAGUCUCUUUCAGCAGAAAUGGCCCCUGAGGAGUUUGAUGGAGGAACAGUGGUGGCGUGUGUGAUCCUGGGUCUGUCUUUUCUGAUUGGAGCUCCGGGGAACCUGCUCGUGAUCUGGACUAUCCUGAAGCAUGUUAAGAAGCGCUCCCACACUGUGGUUCUCAUCCUCCACCUUGCUGCGGCAGAUCUGAUGGUUCUCAUCACCCUGCCCCUGUGGAUCUACUCCCUCGCUCACUCCUGGGUGUUUGGAGAAGCCUGCUGCAAAGCCAUGGUGUUCCUGAUCAACGCCUGUAUGUACAGCAGUGUGUUCUUCAUCACCCUCAUGAGCGUUGAACGUUUUGUCGCCAUGCGCUACCCUUUCAUUUCGGCCGUCUGGAAGAGAAAGAAAGCUCUGAAUAAACUGCUGUUGGUUUUGUGGAUAGCAGCGUUUCUCUUCAGCAUACCCAUAAUCCCAACUCAGAUUGUUGGGGAAAACUCUGGUGAGGAGCACUGCUUGUACCGCAGCUAUACCUCUGCAACCCAAGAGCUGGUGUGUGUGCUGCUGGAGACAGUGGUGGGCUACUUCUUACCGUUCUCUAUCCUCGUGGUGUGCUACGGCUGCCUGUGCAGCCGCAUCACCCAGAUGACUUUCAGGUCUAAACGAAAAUCCACCGUCCUGAUAGCCAGCGUAGUCGUUGCGUUUGCCAUUUGUUGGACGCCUUAUCAUUUAGGUAAUGUUCUGUCCAUCAUCAUCCUGGCUAUUGAAGACUCUUUCAAAGAUGCAGCGGAGAAGCUGGAAAAUGUCAGAAGCACCACAGCAUUCAUCGCAGGAGCCAUGGUCUUCAUCAGCAGCACAAUUAACCCAGUCCUCUACAUAUUCGCGGCCCGCUCUUUCAGGAACUCACUGCGUGACACCGGGAUCCAGAAGCUCUUCCACCACAUCUCCAGCACCUCCCCAGGAGAGGGUAACAGGGAGGUGUCCUUUGUGUCCAGGAGGCACAGCAGUCAGACUAACAGCUCUACGUGCAUGACCGAGUCAAAAGACCAGAUGAAUAUACUGAUAAAAAUGUGUGAAAGUAACCCAACCCCCGACACUGAAAUUGCAUGA